GUGAAUCAGGUCUUCAAGUCAUGCUCUCCCAUUGUAAACUUUCAUUCAUAUACUUCCCAUUGUCCUCUUAUUGUCAAUGAACAUUCACUCUAGUCAUUGUGCUCGGCAAACAAUGAGGUGUUCAGGUCAAUAGUCUUUCUUUCUGCAUUUUAUAAAUUUAUUUCUCCUCGAACCCUUUCUACUUUCCAUCUCAUACAUUCCCUCGAUCUUUCGAACCACCGUCACCGAAUCUUUCUACUGCAGGCAGUCGAAUUCUACAGCUACUACAGCCACCCACAAAACCACUUCUAAUACACAAUUCAAUAUGUUUUCCGAAUCCAAGAUGGGUCCCGGCUACAUCACGCUGAACAUCCUUCGACUCUUCAACAUCAUCGUCCUGUUCCUUCUCGUGGUUGCUAGCUGGAUUAUGCUUGUCAUGACGGUCAAGACAUCGAAUUUCUUCUUCUUCGACGGAGCCGCUCACUUCGUAAUCAGUGCCCUCGGCAUCUUCCUCAUCGUGUCCGAGUCAGGAUUCUUCAAGAAGUGGUUCGCGCGCUGCUGGCCCUCAUUCUGCGAUGAGUCUGGCUUCGUCGCUCUCGGCAUUUCAAUGAUAUGUCUGGGCUUCAUCACCCUCGGAAAUCUCAACAAGGUCGCUACAAGCGUGGAGAACCUAGGCUUGCCUAUGUGGCGAGUUGUCAUAUCAUCGGGGAUCCUCAACUCGCUGUUUGGGCUUUUCAAUAUCAUCGCAACGUACGUAUUCUGCGACUCUAAGCUUGGCAUCACUGGUCGCCAGGUCCGCGCGGAGGGUGCCGCGAUUCCCAAGGAUCCCUCCGGAAAAUCUGCCUUCAGCGUCUCCAGUGGUUCUAUUCGCCGUCCUGCUACUCCUGUUCUCCCCAGCUACUCCGAAGAUCGACGAAAGUCCAAGUUCGGCAUGAAGUGGCCCAUCAGUAUCUCGAGACCAGUCGUCCAAGACCCCGAGCGUUUCAAUGCCUGGAAUGACAGAAGCUCCCCAGUCAUCCCAGAAAUCCAGCGUCCCUCAACUUCACUCCACCCAGCCUACAAAGGAGGAGAUUCCUAUCCACCCCCCCCUCCUGUUCCAGCCCCAGCCUCAUCACGAUACAGCGAGGUCAGCAACAUGACUAGAUUCUAGAUAAUCAUAGAAGGGGAUUUCUCAAGAGGCGUUCAUGGAGUUUUGUUCCCCCCUUUUGCUCCCUCAAAAUACCCGCUCUUUACGAAGCACAUUUUCACAUUUCGAGGGAGUUAUGGCGCACAACGGGCACACGGGUUCCAUUUCACAUGUGUCUCUAAUUCAAUGGAGAUUCCAAUAAAUCAUAAUAAUUUCCAC